AUGACAAUUUCUAAUUCAGAUUUCGUGACUAGUCGAGGGGCAGCCAUGUUUUUUAUCGUCGCAUUCAUAAUAUGCCUGAUCCUACAUGCUAUCCUGAUGCUAUGGAAAAGAACUUGGUUUAUGAUCUGGUUCGUCAUUGGCUGCAUACUUGAGAUCGUUGGUUACGUUCAAGAACAUUCUGGCUCGAGCUCUCAAGCCGCAAGCAUCAUUAUAGCUCCCAUCUUUCUAGCAGCGUCUGUUUAUGUUUCAUUCAGUCACAUAAUCAACCAUUACGAACUAAGACACCUUAUUCCAGUGCCGCCGUCACUUUUGUCAUUAUUGUUGUUUUGCAUUGAUCUAUUAUGCCUAGCUGCUCAGGUUGCAGGAAUUGUCCUUCAGUUUAUGAGCGGCAAACAAAAUGUUGGUAGAGCGCUGGUGAUCAUUAGUUUUGUGUUCCAGAUUAUUCUUUUUGUGUUUUUCGUGGGCACGGUGAUUAUGGUCAAAAGAAGAGUGGGUAGAAGCCCCGUUAACCAGGUGAACUCUCGGUUUCAAUUGCCGAGCUUUUUCGUUUUGCUCAUAGUGAUCUCGGUCCUUUUUUUUGUGAGAAACGUGUUUAGGCUCAUUGAAUAUGCCCAAGGAUUUGGGUACAUUUUUCACCACGCCAUAUUCACCUAUAUAUUUGAUGGUGUCCCAAUUUUACUGGCAGCGCUGGGGUUGGCAGUAUUCCAUCCGUCACUGUGGAUGGAAAUGAAAAGAAAAACGGCGAAGAACAAGAAAGGGCAGAGUCAAGAAGAUGAAAGCUCCGUGAGACGCAUUGAUCAGAGCAUUGAUCACCGCCCCUCUGUAGAUGGUGCGGUCGUGUAG